CCAUGGAUAGCGAAUUUUUCCUUGGACUGGUGAAAAUUCAUCGUAUGACGAGUUCUCGACGCCACGAGCUUUAUGUGCAUUUGGUUGCCAAAAAUGGCAGCAAUUACACCGCUCAUUAUGACGAUUUUCAAAUAUCUGAUGAAAACAGUGGAUACGCGCUGAAAUUGGUUAAAAUCUUUAAAGCGUACUCUAAAGGCGACAUCAAACUAUAUGAAGAUAUGAAAUUUUCAACAUACGAUCGAGACAAUGACCAACAUAAAGAUAAUUGUGCUUCUUUAAACAAAUUUGGCUGGUGGUAUAAUGACUGCGAUAUAUGUGAACGAUCUGGACUCCCUUCUAAUUUAAUAUGCGGCGUCCAUGUUAAAGAACUUACUAUGAUGAUACGCCCAAUAUAAUGAAUAUAAAAUUAUAAAUAACUAGAAAAUCGAAAUUGAAAAUCUGUUAUAUAUAUAUUAUAUAAAAU